GUACCAAUCAGGUCGCAUGCUUGUGGUCGCCCACUGAGAUCGAACCCACACUACAGCGCUUCUAGUGCUAAAAUCCCCCCUCCUCUUGGCUACAUUAGGGGUGCCGAAAGGACGUUGCAUUUGAAAAGCGCAGGCACAGUACGCAACAUGCUACUCCAGCCCAGAGGUUGGACCUACAUUGCUUAUGUCUAUCGUAAAUUUCCCACUGCAGGUGCCAGGCUGGUGCGUGGAUUCAUACUGUCGGGACACUGGUUGGUCAUUGUACAAUUUUCAAACAGCUAGAGUAAUAAUGCUGCGAUGGGGCAUGUAAUCAUUGUGGAUCUCAUUGCCAAGCAGUGAAAUACCAACAUCAGGAAUCUACAAAUCCAAGCGCAUGCCCAGACAGAUUACAUAUCAGAUACGAUAA